AUGUUCAUCUCCAACACUUUGCUCGGCCUACUUGGCUUCACAAUAGCUGUCUACGCACAAUGUUCCAACCUCCUUAUUGACGACUUUUCACGGCCAACUCCCUCCGGUUUCAAUAACUUGACUUCGUGGACCAGUGACGACAACUCCAUGUCAAGCAUUGCCCUCGCAGGCGGAUCACUCUCGUUUACCCCCAAGCCCGACCACUCCUCGUACUUUUACGAGACCCUACCUUGUUACCAAGCAGCUACCCAGGGCUACAAAGCAUUGUCCUUGACUGUCAAGGGACCCAAGGACGCCUCCUUUAUGGUGGAGAUCCAGACCAAACAAGCAUGUACCGACAACGAGUAUCAAAGCCAGUGGGUUAUUAUCUCCGGCCUGACUGGGUCAGUCCAAGCUGUCAGCAUCUCCCUGUCUUCGUUCCCGGGCGCCAACUUGGACGGCAUCACGGGCUUCGUCUGGUCCACCUACUCCCAGUUCUCCGGCUAUGAGUUCAGCAACGUCAGAUUCACCUGCAACGAGGAGGCUGCGAGCUCGUCUACUUCAGCAUCUCGGUCCAUUUCAGCCUCUCCUGUCGCAUCUACGUCGUACUUCGUCGACUGUGUCAACUUCACAAGCCCGCUCUUCAAGUUCGGCCACCUCUUCCAGGACGACUACUCUCUCUGGCAGCAGCAGCGCCAGCCGCUCGUCAACUGUGUCCGGCUCAGUUACAGCUCAGUCAUCGCCCGCCUCGUCAAGUUGCAGCAACCUUCUCAUCGAUGA